CAGAGUACUAUAGCAAUAGUUGGUGAGAAACAGAGAUUGUAGUGUGUAGUGCUAUUUUGUGUGAAGACACUAUUUUAAGUGCAGUAAGUUGGCGAUUUGUUUUACGUAAAGUUCCACUAUGGGAGCGGGAGUGCUCGCAAUUCUCUUUUUUACGAUAUUCUGGGGUUUAAUAGGCAUUGUUGUUCCAAUUUUCAUUCCCCGUCGCGAAAAUCGACCGUUGAUCCAAGUAUGCAUCUCGCUAACGGCAGUGUGUUGCUACGUCUUCUGGCUGUGUACAUACAUGGCGCAGAUGAAUCCCUUGAUCGGACCUAUGCUAACGAAGGAUACGCUCUGGGCAAUCGACGCGUAUUGGGGUGGUCACGAUAGCUCGGCAUUAGUGUCUGCGUCUACCCCGGGUCCCUAGAAACCCUCAUGCAUAAAAUCGUUGCAAAUUUGGAACAGAGCGCAAAGACAAAGACCCUCAAUGAAAUUUUGAACAGUCACAAAAGCUAGGUCCACAUUUUCUACUUGAACAUAAAGAAGUGGACGAAACCAAAUUGUUAUCUUUCAUGUUCCUCAGCUAUCAGGAGAGUUUUACGCAGCCCACAGUCAUCUGUUCAUAGACAUGCGGAAAUGAACGUCGUGUCAAAAAAUCUUAGAAGAAUAUAAAAAAAAAUAAUUGCUAAACUAUACGAACGACCGACAUAGAUAACACAAGGGCGAACAGGGUUGAACAAAAAAGAAU